CGCACAGGGAGACUUAAAGAGCGACCCAGGUCCCCACCCGGGCCUGACCGCGCAGCUCCCACCAUGGCAGAGACCAAGCUCCAGCUGUUUGUCAAGGCGAGUGAGGACGGGGAGAGUGUGGGUCACUGCCCCUCCUGCCAGCGACUCUUCAUGGUCCUGCUCCUCAAGGGCGUACCCUUCACCCUUACCACGGUGGACACGCGCAGGUCCCCGGACGUGCUGAAGGACUUCGCCCCCGGCUCGCAGCUGCCCAUCCUGCUCUAUGACAGCGACGCCAAGACAGACACGCUGCAGAUCGAGGACUUUCUGGAAGAGACGCUGGGGCCACCCGACUUCCCCAGCCUGGCCCCUCGUUACAGGGAGUCCAACACCGCUGGCAACGACGUUUUCCACAAGUUCUCCGCGUUCAUCAAGAACCCGGUGCCCGCGCAGGACGAAGCCCUGUACCAGCAGCUGCUGCGCGCCCUCGCCAGGCUGGACAGCUACCUGCGCGCGCCCCUGGAGCACGAGCUGGCGCUGGAGCCGCAGCUGCGCGAGUCCCGCCGCCGCUUCCUGGACGGCGACCGGCUCACGCUGGCCGACUGCAGCCUACUGCCCAAGCUGCACAUCGUCGACACGGUGUGCGCGCACUUCCGCCAGGCGCCCAUCCCUGCGGAGCUGCGUGGCGUCCGCCGCUACCUGGACAGCGCGCUGCAGGAGAAGGAGUUCAAAUACACGUGUCCGCACAGCGCCGAGAUCCUGGCGGCCUACCGGCCCGCCGUGCACCCCCGCUAGCGCCCCAUCCCGCGUCUGUCGCCCAAUAAAGGCCUCUUUGUCAGGAGUGAGGGUAUCCUGA